AUGUUCGUACUGCACUUUCUUCUCACUUCUAAAGGAAGCACUGCCUCUCAGCAAAUCCCAAUGUGUCGAACUGAUUCUACCUCAAGAAUGUCGGUCACUUUCAGUGAGGGACGUGUCCACGAAUUAAAUAUAAAAGAAAUUCGUUGUUCCAUGCAUCUUCAUAGGAAUUCAACGAUUCGGUAAAGAUUGAACUUUGCUGGCUUAAAGCCCUCUUGCACACAUCCAGGAUUGAUAGCCAGCUGACCUCUUUGUUGUUCUGCUGAGUAAGUUCCUCCUUCAGAUAAGACUGCCCAAAGACUCCUGCUCUCCAACCUGUCAACAUCCAAAAAGCCCUCAGCCACUCGCUGGGGCAAAACCACAUCACCAUGGAUACAGAGUCCACCUACUCUGGCUACUCAUACUACUCAGGCCGGUCGAGGGGAUCUCAAAGGCACGGAGAGCAUAGCCGGGACUGCCACAAAUCCCGAAGUAAGGGGAGCAGUCGCUCUGAGAAGUCUGUCACUAUCAACGCUCCGCCAGCAGAGCCACUGUUAGGAGACCAGUCAGUGAGAGGAGAAGAGGUUCAGGAUGAUAACUGGGGUGAGACUACUACAGCUGUCACUGGCACCUCAGAACACUCUCUAUCCCAGGAAGACAUUGUUCGCAUCAGCAAAGACCUCGACGACAGCGUGGGCUUAGACUGCAAACGUUAUCUAAGUGUCACUCUCUCUGUCAUCCUGGGACUGGUGGUCUUUCUGACUCCACUUGCCUUCAUUAUCCUGCCUCACCUCUUCUGGUCUGAUAGACUGAGAGCCUGUGGAACAGCCUGUGAAGGUCUCUUUAUAUCCGUGGCAUUUAAACUGCUGAUUUUGUUGUUGGCACUGUGGGCUUUAUUCUUCAGGCCACGCAAGGCUAGCUUGCCAAGAAUCUUCAUCUUUCGAGCCCUACUGGCCACAUUGGUGCUACUGAUUGUGCUUUCCUAUUGGUUGUUCUAUGGAGUACGCAUCCUGGACUCACAGGAUGAGGACUACCAGGGGAUUGUGCAGUAUGCUGUUUCACUAGUGGAUGCUCUGCUCUUUAUCCACUACCUGGCCAUCGUGCUGCUGGAGCUCAGACAGUUACAGCCUUUCUUCUCUCUGUGUGUCACACGCUCCACGGAUGGAGAGACGAAACACUAUAACUUGGGUCAACUCAGCAUCCAGAAGGCAGCUGUGGUUAUAUUAGAGAACUACUACAAAGACUUCACUGUCCAUAACCCUGCAAUGCUAACAGCUUCCAAGUCCCGCGCCACCAGACACCUGGCAGGCCUCAAAGUCUACAAUGUGGAUGGUCCAGGAGGGAAUAAUGCUGCAGCCGGUAUAGCCCAAUCUCAGUCUCGAGCAAUGAUUGCUGCUGCUGCCCGCCGCAGAGACAGCAGUCAUAACGAACUCUACUACGAAGAGGCCGAGCAUGAGAGACGUGUCCGCAAACGCAGGGCUAGGCUGGUGGUGGCAGUGGAGGAGGCGUUUACACACAUUCGCCGCAUGCAAGAGGAGGAACAGAAUAAGUCACCUGGUGACGUGAUGGACCCCCGCGAAGCAGCUCAAGCCAUAUUCCCCUCCAUGGCCCGAGCGCUGCAGAAAUAUCUUCGGACCACCAGACAACAGCACCUCCACAGCAUGGAGAGCAUACAGCAGCACUUAGCUGUCUGCAUCACAAACAACAUGACACCCAAGGCAUUUCUGGAGAGUUAUCUGAUCCCAGGCCCUACACUGCAGUAUGGACAAGACCGCUGGCUUGCUCGGCAGUGGACCCUUAUCAGCGAAGCCCCAGUUACCAGUGGCCUAAAAGAAGGGACCAUUUUUCUGCUCAAAUGCAUUGAAUUUAGCCUAGUGGUCACUACCAAAAAGAUACCUUACAUUCAGCUUGCUGAAGAAUUCAUUGACCCAAAGUCACACAAGUUUGUGCUUCGACUGCAGUCUGAGACUUCAGUUUAGAGAAAUCUCCAUUUUCCACAAAAACAUUUUCUUUUGGGAGGUAUUUUUAGGACUUUAAAAUUUUAUAUAUAUAUAUAUAUUCGUAGAUUUCAUGCGACGUCACACAGUGGUCGCCAUUUGUAGGGCCGAAUUGCAAUGCCGUCUAUCUGCUGUGCUGUGGGCAAAUCACAAAGAAAUAAAUUAACGUUUUACAAUAUCCCCACAUACCCUCAGCGUCCUCAAUAAUAGUAUGCUGCUAUCGUAGAGUUGCACAGUGCCACCCCUCCCGUAAAAUACGGAAUUUAAAGGUUAAAUGAUGCAUCCCUUAUUAAAUCAAUACAGGACGUGAUUUGUCCCGUAUUUUAUGUAGGCCCACACAUACUUGAAUAAACAAGCAUUUUGCAGUGUGGAUAAUACUAAUAGCAAUAAUGAUUAAAUACAUUUCACAAGAAAUAGCAGAGAAGCUCACAUUUCCAUGGGAUUGCAUUUUAGUGUCUUUGUUUCCAUAGUGACAGAGUCUCGAGAACAUGAAAUCUGUCAAGCUCACGUCCGCCUUUUGAACGCAAGACACUCGGCUGAAUGGGGAAAAAAGUUAUCACUUGGGUCUUUCAGUAACUUAUGAUGAAUGCAAGGCAAUAUGCACCGUUAAAGCAGCAUAUGUGGUGGCAGACACAUCCAUACUUAUAAAAUUUGGAUAAUCUAUUAAUAUAUUCCAUACACUAUCCGAGCUGGUUAGACAGAUAAUCAUUAUUUUAGACAUUAGUAGACAGUUAUUUAUUUAUCAGUCAUAUUAAUCAUAUACAUACAUAAUAAAUAAUCCUAUGUCAUUUACAAUUUGACAUUUAAAAAAGUUUUUAGAAGUUCUAAAUUAAUCAUAAAUCAUAAUGUAGUCCUAAUUUAAAUGGAUAGUUCACCCAAAAAUGAAAUUUCUGUCAUUAAGCACUCACCCUCAUGUUGUCCCAAACCCGUAAGACCUUAGUUUGUCUUUGAAACACAAAUUAAGAUAUUUUUGAUGAAAUCCAGAUGAAUUUGUUGAAUACAAUCGUUAUUUUUGUUUUGUUUUUGUGCACAAAAAGUAUUCUCGUUGCUUCAUAAUAUUAAGGUUGAACCACUGUAGUCACCUUGACUAUUUUAUCGAUGUCUUUAAUACCUUUCUGGACCUCAAAAUGUGCAAUGUCGUUGCUGCCAAUGUUCGGAUCAGAUACCCUCGGAUUUCAUCAAAAAUAUCUUAAUUUGUGUUCCAAAGACAAACGAAGGUCUUGCGUACCGGCCCACUUCAAGCACUGGGUGUGGGUGUCCCUUAUUUUGCCUUACUGAAGGUGGCAACCCUAAUAUGAGAUCACUGGACUCCUACAGAACACACCGGACUGUGCAAUGAGAGCUUUAUUUUGUGUAAGUAACAUGACAUACAAUACAAGAGAUGUGCUUGACCGACAUUAUUGACAAUUCCAUUCAGUGAUACUUGCUAUUCGUGUAACGUUAAUAUCAUUAACCCAUCCUGAGGUGAAGUAGCGGUAGUCUUUAAAAGCACAUGCUUUUAAAAGCCUCGAGAGCUUCGCCGUUGUAUGGGAUGUCAGCAAAUGUAAAAUUCGGCAAGAAUUUUUUUUACUAGACUUCAGUGGGGUCAGCAGAUGCUUGAUAGUAAAUAAGAGUCUAAUCCUAAAGUAUCUAUUUUCUUUAAAUACCGUUGAUUUUCGUCGGUGGUGAGGUGUGCUAUUUUGGUGUGUGUCUUUCUGAUCACCAAGGAGACUAUGGUGGCCGUAGGAAAAAGUCACGUGCCUGAAACCCAUGGAUUGUUGAGGAUCUUUAACUUGCGCAGUUUUUCAAUAAACAGCUUCAACAGUCUCUUCAACACACGGGUGUGGUUUAAUAAUCAAACAGAAAGUCUCAGGUUUACAACUUAAAUCUCUUCAGCACACAAAAAAUGAUUUAAUAUAAUUUAUUUCUCCCAUUACCAAAGGUGUGUGCCUUUUCCCAGUCACACCAACACCUCACUGUCCCAUCUUUUUUUUUUUUUUUUUUUUAUAUUUAUAUAUAUAUAUUACUAGACCAUCCUGUCAGUCUCAUUAGCUGCAGCUGCUGUAUAACAAAUAUUUGAAUAUAUUACUUUUUCCUUUGUGACAUUUAUGACAUGUUUGCAAUAAAAAUCCAGAAACAUUUGUUAUGGAGGGUGAAUAGAAAUAUUGAAGACUACUUAUCCAUGUUUUGUAAAAUACAGAAACAGUAAAGGAUGGGGAAAGUGAUUUUGUCAAUAAUACUUUUUCAAUGGGCCAUUCAGAAAGAUGGAUGGACUCAAAUGGGCACAUUUUCUCUGCCUCACUACUCUUUAAAAAAAAAAAAAAACUAAAUAAACACUGGGAAUCCAUCUCUACAGACACAGACAGACUUUCUGCAAGAUCCGCCAUAGUGCAGUUUGAGAAUAAACUUCCACAAGUGUAGGUUUGAGAAAUAUUUUCUAAUUACUGUAUCAUUACACCAAGAAGUUUUCACAUCAUGUGGCACAUCAUCUCAGCCAAAUGACAACAUUCUACUAACGCAUAUCAAAAUUUUCAAGUAACUCAUGGACUGUUUGGGUUAUUAAGCAUGAGAGGCGACAAAUCUUAAAAAGAUCACCACUCAGUCAAAGAUCAUAAUCUCUUAAAUAUUAAGGCAAAUGCUCAAACCAGCCACAUUUUAACACACAUGUAGCACACUACAAAACUACAGAUUUUGAAUCAAAUUUCUGGACCUCAUUUCUGAUAGAGUAACUUUUCACAACAAAGUGGUGAGAUUGAUGUAAAUCGAUGAGACUACAGUUAAGCUAAUUGUGCUGAAGGAUUUUUUUUUUUUUUUUUUAAUAAAACAAAUAAACUUUUAAAUGUAGCCUACCCAUUUUACUUUUUGGCACAUCUUUUUUCUUUUCUUUUUCUUUUUUUCCCACAUGAUAAUUGAAAAAUAUGAUCACUAAAAGCAUAUGCUUAAAUCCCAGAUAUCUGGGAAUGAAGAGGUGCUUGGCCUGUAUCCUCCAUAUCAUAUAUUUGAAGAGUUGUUCUUUACAGCAGUCUAUAGGGAGUUGUAAUUGGACAAGGACUCAAUUUUAGCUGUUCAGAUGAGUCAGGAUGAUGUGUGAUCUCUUGUGUCUUGUCCUCUUUCCUUUUCUAUGCCUCACAGCAUUGUAGCUAUAAAAACUGUCAUGAACGUGGCCCAUGAGAAUGUUAUCUAGGUCUAUAAAAUAUGUUCACUCUGAGAACUGAAAUGAUUUGUCUGCCAAUAUUGAGAUACCACUGAGAAAUGGCUGUAAUCUAAUUGGUCAUGACAAUGGAUCAUUUUACCUUGAUUAAGAAUGUUGUUGCUGUGAUCAAAAUUGGUUUUAAGCAAACUGUUAUAAAAGAGUGGGGACAUUUGGAAUAUCAAAGGAUUAUCAUAAGUUAAAUGUUCAAGUAUCAGGUCAUUAUCUUUGCAUAAAUAAAAUAAAACAUUUUGUCAUCAUUUACUCAUGCUAAUGUCGUUCCAAACUUGUUUGACUUUCUUUUUUUCUUCUGUGCAACACAAAAGAAGGUAUUUUGAAGAAUUUUGGUAACCAAACAGUUUUGACUGGCAUUGACUUUUUUAUGGACAAAAAAACAGAGACAUUUCUCUAAACAUCUUUUUUUGUUUGUUUGUUUGUUUGUUUGUUUCACAGAAGAAACAAAGUCAUACAGGUUUCAAACGACAUGAGGGUGAGUAAAUGGUGAGAGAAAUUUUUGGUAAACUAUACCUUUUUCUAUCACUUCUGAAGGAAUUAACCAGCACAGCACCCUCUUGAGGGGACAAAUGUAUGUGCCAACAUUUUCAUUGACCUUUCUUGGCUUGUAGACUGCCUUUAAAGUUACACUUUUUAUUAUUUUAUUACACUAUUUGUCACUUGACCCUCAUUCUCUAUUGUUUUACAAUGUUAUCAAAUGCUAUUUUUUACUGAAACUUUUAUAUUAAGAAGUUUAUAUUAAGACAGUUCUGAUGUGGACUUAUUUACUUUACAUAAACCACUCUAAUAAAGUGACCGUGCCUCUGCUUUUA